AUGACGGAUGCUGCCCCUCGGAAGAAGCCGUCCAAGCAGCCGGAAAAGCCGCUCACAAGCAUGCCACCAAAGACGCAGGUCAAGAGCAAGCUGCCCACCAGAGCUCCCGGAAAGGUUGGCAGAUCUGAAACGAAGGCGGGUCCCACAAAAGUAUCACCCGCAACAGCAACAGCAGUGGCGGCAUCGAAGAUGCCAGCAGGGAAGAAAACUGUGCCAACACGUUUUCCUUCACGAGCAAGCAAGCUUCCACCAAAGACCACGCCUUUGGCAGCAAAAGAGGACGCAGUUCAAUCUUCCACCAGUUCCUCUACGCCAAGAGCGGCAAAUAUGACAGCAACACCGUUGGCUCCCACGCGCUCCGAUACAUCCUCCGAAGGAUCGGUACACCUUGCCACGUACGAUGAUAUGCUCAGUCCUAUUGACACUCCGAGAGAAAUGACUGGGAUCCAUAAGGUGGCUGAUGUGGGCAUUCUGGAGCAAAGCGCACAGCCACUUGAAAAGGAGGAGUCCUCUCUGAAGGAGAUGGGGACGCCGAAUAGAAAGGUUCCACCAAAGGCAGACAUCACUGCAGAAGCGGCUGUGCAGGUGACGGAAGGAUGCACACAACGUCCUGUGACGGUACGAAAAACAGCAGAGAGGCACGCGGGGUACGUUGGAGAUAUUGCCAAGCAGCUUGUUAAGGCCGAGGAACGCGUGGGGACUCUAACUGGAGAAGUCGCAAGACUCCGAGAAGCACUAGGCGGAACCGACAAUUCUAUGUUUGUUCAACACACCUUUCAAGCGGAGAAUGGAGUAGAGUGGUUGCGGCAGGAGCUGGCGCGGGAGCGUGCGUCCACCAAGCAUCAUCGCGAGGCUCACCUAGCGGUGCUUCUAGAACUAGGCAAGCUACGCGAGGAGGUGGACCGUUAUGGGACACAUGACUUGCUGUUGAAGCGUAAUGCGGAGCUGGAGGCGCAAAUGAGUGAUAUGGCAAAGGAAAAGGUUGAACAGGAGAUGGUUAUAGUGAGACUCCAGGAGGAAGCCGCUGCGUUGGUGUCUCAAUAUGGCAACUCACCUUGCGGCUCUGGGUGCGUGAUGGUACGUCUUUCCAGUUUGUGCGAACUUUGCUGCGAAAAGUUGAAGCUGGAGGCGAAUCGUCGCACGGCGCAUGAUCGUUUGGCGCAACUAACGGAGCUGAAGCCGAUGGGCGUCGUUCCACAUUCUCUACCGGAACCGUGGUCACCGGAAAUGAUGAAACAGCUUCAAGAGCCGCGUAAACAAGCCCCGCCGCUCUUACCGACAAAUGGUGCGGUCUCACUUGCCGCUGGACUUGAAGGCCGAGGUGGUGCCCAGCCAGAGCAGGCGGUGCAGGACCAGGAGUCGCCAUAA